AUUGAGAGCAAACCUAACCUGAAUCUGAGACGCGCAAUCAACCAUUGACGUUGCCAUUGAAGAGUGCGAGCAGAAGAUCCUCACUUUUUUUCCAUCGUAGGCUUUUCUCUACACCUCGGUUCUCCGUGAAUGCCUUUGGUGUUGUCUUAUAAAGCUUUUUUCUGCCAAUCGCUUUCUUGUAAAUAGCUUGACCGCUCUCGCUCUGUUCAGGCCCUGCUCCACGCGCGCCCAAUUGCCAUUUUAUACGACCGUGGACCGCUGCUCUCCAGCAAGAAAGCCAAUUCGUCAACUGCCUACACAGGUCACCCCUCCCAAGUCCCUACCAAGCACCAGCAAGUACCUAGGUACGGAACCCUUUCCAUACCAACCCCAAAAACCACAUCGUCGUAGGGUCAACCCACAUUUUCCCCCAGACACACCUGCACCCUUUGGCCUGGCAGUGGCUGUCUGCCACGCACGUAGCAGUUCUCCCUCACCUUUCUGCGAAUACCGAAUACCGAAUACCGAAUACCCAAUACCUUGGGAGCCUGCAUUUACACGAAUCGGUGUGUAAUAAUCGGUCUGUGGUUGAGGAGAUCUGAGAGAAAGAUUCCCAGCACCACCGAGUACAGCAGAGGCAGUGCUCUGGGUCCAACAGUGAAACACGACAGUGGAGAGGGUCUGCACUUACUACUGGCCUUCACUUGGAAGUCUGGAUCUUGGGACAUCAAUGUCAACCUAACGCCUCAACGCUAAACUCUUGACGUCCGCCUGACAGGUUCCUCCAACGAGUCGCUAGCUCCAGCAAGUGCUAUGCCACCAUGGACACUACUUCAACCCCUUUGGCCGACUAUUUCUGGAUCGCGGGAGUAGACUCCCUCUCCUAUAGCGACCCCAUUUCCUGGUCCCAAAAUAACACCAUAAAAACGAGUUCCACAAUCGGUCCACCUUCAGUAAGCUUCGACGCAACAAUUGAGGAAGGGGAAAGUGAGGGAGACUCGCCCAAGAACACACCACGAAAGGAGAAUGUCACCCCAAACAAAGCCAAGGCACGGCAUUCGCGCCAAAACUCGUGGAAUCGACUCAGCAAGUUGACCAACGACUCACGAAACUCGGGCGCCUUUGAAGAAUUCGACACUCCUCAAAGCAAUCGAAGCAGCAUUACCAUAAAGGGCACCUCGAAUGGCGAUACCAAUGGGUCCAGCAAUAGCAAUGGAGCAAUUGGGGGGUUGCUGGGCGACUUCGACUUUGAUCGAGCUCUCAUGAAGUUUGCAAAUGAACGGGAACACUUUUUGGAUGAUCUGAGUUUCGCUGCUGGUGCUCCGCAGAAAGUGCCACCAGUUGCAAUGCCUCCUCCAACAAGAACUCCAAUAGUGAAGGUGGAAGAGGUAGAAAAUCAUACGCCAACUACCAGGAGAAGCCAAUUGAGAAGUGUGGGUGGAAGUAUACGCAGAAGAAUCAGCUUCAGAGAUAUGAAUAGUAUGAAGAGACAAUCUUCUUCCGUUGGACAACGAACUUGUAAGUUCGAAAUUUCACGUCAAUUCAUGCAUCUGGGCUAUUUUGGGUGCUUCAAAUAUAUGAAGAACACCUGCAGGAAGAGCUUAUUGAUCCCUUGUCAUCUGUAUGCUGACACUAUAUGCAUCUAGCUUCUGUGCGAACCUCAAGGCGAAUGAGCAAUUACAAUUCCGUCAUACCUCCCCCUGAACCUUUGAAUGCAGACCCGGAUAUGCACCCUUUGAAACGUCGUUUUGAGCCAGUCUUACUUGAUAGAUAUCCUCCCAAAACAGCAACCGAUGAAGUUCUUCGUAGAGGUCGAUUCCCGGAUUACGUGCCCAUGUUUGCUUUUCCCAAUGAUAUUCAUAUAAUGUCCGGAGACGAGCGACCGAGAUCAACAUGGCAUGGAUUUACAAUGACGGGGGAUGAUAAUGCCAAAAUUUAUGGUAUUACAGUCAUUGUAUGGAUGCCCCUCAACCAAGAUGCAGCAGCAGAUGUGGAACGACGAUGUGAGCUCUGGAGACAAAGUCACAUGUCGGAUGAAGAACGUGAAUUGGCGAUGAGUCUUGGUGUAAGGCUGGGUAAGGAGCGAGCACAUUUAUCAGAGCUGUUGGCAAAGUUACCUGGUGUAUUGUCUGGCUCCGCUGCAAGAGAAGCUUUAGAAGACGACAUUAGUGCUGUUGAAGAGAAAAUCUCUCUUAUGACAGAUAUGCUUCGGCCUGUACGUCACGGUGCGGCUAACAAAAUCGAUGGCCUCACGGAUGGGGAUACUGGUCUUUGGACCCCAAGGGCUUACGGAAUUCUCGGCCGUGAUAGUGGUCUCACAGGUUUCUACAAGGAAUGGCUGAGAGCAGUUGUGGUUCCAAUGUUUGAGGGCGCCGUAUUGAGAGUACCUCCUAGCUCUCCAAAGGUUGGAAGAUGGCAGCCCUUGGAGCGGUAUGUCGUGAAUCUAUGUACCGAAGCUUUGAGUCCAAUGUCUUCCAAGACUCAGGUCGAGCUUGCAGUCCGAGAACUUCGACUUUUUGCUCGAAAAGAGGCUGUAAACGAACUCCCGGAAUCUCGAAAUACGGAUCUCUAUGCCUUAUUCAGAGCUCUGACAAUCCAAAAUAUUGUGACGUUGUUUGAAUGCGCUCUAUCAGAAUCUAGGAUCGUUCUACUGUCGUCGCACACCUCUAUGCUCUACCUUGCAAGCAAAGCUUUAGCAAGUUUGUUGUACCCACUCAAGUGGGCCAGCAUCUUCAUCCCAGUUCUUCCUGCCCGACUAAUUUCAGCAUUGGAGGCUCCUUGUCCCUAUAUUGUUGGUGUUGAACGAAGAUAUGAUGGAAUUGAAUGGCCAGAAGAUGAUUUUGUUUUGGUGGAUCUCGAUACUGAUGAACUCGUCGUGAACUCGGACAUCACAGAAUUGCCACGACAGCAGCGUCGAAAACUAGUCUCCCUCCUUCAAUUGGCAGCUCCUCAUCACAAUAGAUGCGGUGUUCCAGUUGGACCUCCACCUUACGCUGUCGAAACCUUUCCAUAUGAUGCAUUCUCAUCGGAGAAUGAAGCAGUAUUUACGCAGAGCACUAAGCCAAGUGCACUGGCAAAAUAUGUCACACAAAACUCGACAACUUUCGGAGAGCCAGAAACAGCUGAUAACAAGAAAGCUUUGGUAUUCAACGCAUUCUUACAAUUGAAAAAUGGACAUACCAGAGUAGAUCGCCCCACCACAGGCAAAUCUAGCAGAGGAAGUCCACCAGCUUCGGUAUCACCAACAUCUGGAAAUUUUCCAUCGAUGCCAGGUACACCAACUUCUAGAAAUGAUUCUGGGUUUGCUCUGGCUGCUACAUUGAGAGAAAAGAGAUCUGGCCAUUUUGAUGGAAACUCGAGGAGAAGCUCAUCGUUCGGCGUCGACAGAGUCCCAACUCUUCAUCGACCAAAUGCACCUUUUGGGGGACACCAACCUAGUUUUUCAACAUCUGCGCUUUCUGUUGAUGGAAAGUCAAUGUAUGGCUAUGCACCUUCCUCAUAUGCCCAAUCUACUCUUGCUGCUUCAACAAUUAUGCCGAAUAUGCUCAUGCAACCAAUUCGAAAUACCGACACAACUACGUGGGCUGAGGGACAUUGUAUGACUUGGAGAGCGUUGGACACUAAUUCCGUAUGCUCCAUCUGUGACGAAAAGUCCGAUGGUGAUGGGAUGUACAAAUGUACAAGCUGUAAUACAUGCACCCAUGGCCGUUGCGUAGGACAAAUCUCUUUGGUUUGCCCUUCUGCGUUUCAUGCGGAUCGUGUACGAGCGGCUUUUGUGAGAUGUUUCUCAAGCUUGUUCUAUACCUAUAGGAGAUUCUUGGGUAGACCCAACAGGGACCAGAAAAAUAGUGGCCAGAUUUAUGGCUUCGAUAUGGCUGGAUUUAUUCGAAGUUUGCCUGGGGAUCAGCAGGAGUAUAUCAAUAUGCUGAAACAAACACAAGGUAUGUACAUCUCAGGUUCUUUUUGCUUGUGGAAAUUGUCUAACAUGAUUCAACAGCGUUCAACGAGUUUGUUCAUGAACGAGAAACAUCACCACUAAACGCGCCCAAUAUUCAGAUAUUUGAUAAUAUCAUCCUCGCUAAACGAUCCCGGGGACGUGGAAGUUUGUUCUCAUCAAAAGCCAAGCCAUCAUUCCUUGAAGAUACAUCGGAUCACCUCUGGCGAAGUGCCGCGGUUCCCACUCCUAACUCCAAGUUCCCGGGUGAUUAUAAGACGGUCGUGUCGAGGAUUCCAGCACAGUUAGAUGUCAAUUUGAUGAGAGAGCCGAGAAUCAUUCAGGGAGCGCCGAGAAUCGAAGUCCCUGGCAAGCGACCGGGAAGAAAGGCGGUCCCUAGUAUGCUGGGAGUGGGUAGGUCGUAA